CGCCGCGACCGCAACAAGAACAAGAGAUGCAAUCGCCGGGCACGCUGCCGUCCGUGGAAGCGCUGAUGGCCGAGGAUGACCCCACACAGCUGAUGGAUGGCAAUGAAGAUGCUGUGGAUGCGAAUGGUGAAGCAGAUACCGCAUGGGUCGGUCCAGUGAACGAGCUGGAUUCCGAGUUCUCGUCGCUGAUCCUCGAUUCGGCCGUGCCUGCGUCGUCGGCAGAGUCCCCGUCCUCGAUUGGAAUCUCGCCAAUGACUCUUCACUGGCUGCAGCAUACUCUGAAUGCGCCGUCUGCAUCAGGAACGUUUGGUGCGCUCACCGAGCAUGAAGUCUCACUCUUGUCACCAUAUGUGCCUUCAUCCACGUCCAUAUCCAAUGCAAGCAACAUCAAGGACGUAUUCCGGGGCGAAGCAAUUGACUGGAAAUCCUUCAACGAGAACAACUACGACGACAAUGACGCAACCAGCAACGGCCAGGGACAGUGGAAGGACAUACCGCAAAUUCGGCCGCAGUUGGCCACGGUCGUCCCUGCGCCUACCGACUCGGCAGCACCACAAGUGUCAGAAGGAGGAUCGCUUCAGAAGCUGCUAACUACAACAGUGUACAAUGUGUGGCCACUGAGCAGCCUCCACUCCAGCACUUCUUCCAUGCCAGUCCCGCCGUUCUCCGCCUUCGAUUCCAACAAGAGAAAGGCGAUCAUAUCGCCCGAGUUCGUGCAGUACGAGAGCGCUCCAACUGCCGCUGCGCCGAGCCAAGCUCCUGUCGCGACAAGGCGUCCGUCAAAGAAAGCGCCAGUUGGGACUGCGUCUGUCAUCGAUUCCAAAGGCAGCGGCGUUCCUGCCCCCAUUUUGGAAUCCAACGAAUCCAAAGGAGGAAUCCGAUGUAAAUGCACGGGAAAAUGCCGCAAUGCCCGCUGUGCGUGCGUCAAAGCUGGCCACCUCUGCGGUGUCGACUGCAAGUGUACGCACUGUGCCAAUCCAUUUGUCCCGAUGCACACCCUCGGCAUCGACAUCUCCAAGAUCAUGACGGACAAGUGCCUCAUGCAAAACUUCAGCCGGAUCAAAGACAUGGAGGAGGUGCUGCGGUCCAAGGUCGACUUGGAAUGCCCUUGUGGGGCGCCAACAGUGCAAGUCCAAGUGGUCACGACCCUCCUGCACCCAGUGCAGGCCACCCCCGACACGUUUGUGUUUCCAAUCUCGUGCACAAAAUGCCCCAAUGUGUUUUACUACUCGUGGUGUACGGGAAAGCUGUGGUGGAGCAAGCAGCCGCGCAAGCACUGCGACAUCUGCAAGCGGUGCGGAAGCCAUCGAAAUCAACAUUGCUACGACUGCGGCCACUGCUACUUUGCCGGCGUCGCCAACAGCUUUGCCUGUCCGUGUAAAAUGGGCGGAGGCGUUGCACCGGCCACCGCGACAGAGGGGUCAACGGACGGGCCAUCGGCCGUUCGGCAGAAAUCCCACGAGCAACUCGAGCAACACGCUGCGUCGAGCCCGCUCUUCCACGAAGACGUCAAAGAGAAGGGGGAGCAAUGUCCAGUGCAAUAAUCCGCCGACGAGUUCCAUGAGCUUCAGAAACACUGCCACCACAACGCUCCUCCAACCACCACCACGACACUCCACACGGCAAGACGUGGGCCAUCGGCUGCGUUGAGGAGGCUGGGUGUGCACACUGGCAGCGCAUCCAAUCGAUCGGCAGUAAAUGCGUUGUCCCGAAACGGAGAUCCUGGAAAAGGAGCUCGGUAGUAUUGCAGAACGCCAGCCUAGGUGAAUGGCCACGCACGUCCUAAGUAGUCGAGACAAUGGUCAAGGGGAAGGCUCUACCUUGUUUGCAAACGUGCUGAUCUCGGCAGAGUACCCGUUGACGUACUGGGGAUCGCCGCACCGCCACAGGUCUUUGUGUUGCUAACGAACGACGAUGACGUUGCUGGCGAACGAGAGCGACACACACCAUGCACGCUUUGAAGAAGUUUUCGCACACGCUGCGACACAGGAUCAAGCUGCGGCCAGCGUCGUCACAUCGGGGAAAGUUGAGCCAGCACAUGUAGUUCCGGAAUGCAUCUUGGCAAUCCUUGUUCUCGGUGUACCGCGGCACGAUCUCGCCGAGGGCACCCCACUCGUCGACCCCUGCCAACUUUGUGAGUCGACGCAGCGACGACCCAUAAUGCACCUUGUUUCAGCAUCUCCAAGUCGGCUUCGUAGAUCUGCCGUUGUGCAAUCAUCUUCUUGAACAUUUGCGCGAGAAACAGGUCCUUGGACUUGACGCUGUGAUUGUACCACAAUGUCUGAGCACGUGGGACGCACGUCGUGUAGGGCAGGAGCGGUCCGCAGAAUGGCAUGUACUGCAGAAAGUCCGCUUGCUCCUUGCAUUCCCCCGUGUCAGACCCGAAGAUGCGGCACGACCAUGCGACCUGACGUCCCGACAUCACCCACAGCUGCAGCAGCAGCAGAAGUCGCGUCGCCGUCAUCGCGCAUCCGUUCAUCGUCGAAGAUCUCGACAAACCGGUG